GUCGGGAGCCGGGGCUGGCAGCGGUGCGCGCCGCUGCCACGUCGGACGGAGCGGCCGGGCUCGGGGCGCGGGAUGGCGGCGCGGUGAGAGCGGCGAGGCGGCGGCGAUGGCGGCGGGGCUGCUGCUGCUCGGCUCUGCCCUGCUGUGCGCGGCGCUGGGCUGCGCGGGCGCGGCGCUGAUCCCCCCAGCGCCCGACGUGAAGGUAGAGGUGCUACACAAGCCUUUCCUCUGCCACCGGAGGACCAAGUGGGGGGACUUGAUGCUCGUUCACUACGAGGGCUUCUUGGAGAGGGACGGAUCCAUGUUUCACUCGACUCACAAGCACAACAAUGGUCAACCUAUGUGGUUUACACUUGGCAUAAGGGAAGCUCUCAAAGGCUGGGACAGAGGGUUGAAGGACAUGUGUGUGGGAGAGAAACGGAAGCUGACCAUUCCACCAGCCCUUGCUUAUGGAAAAGAAGGGAAAGGAAAAAUUCCACCUGAGAGCACAUUGAUUUUCAACAUUGACCUUCUAGAAAUUAGAAAUGGACCAAGGUCUCAUGAGUCAUUCCAAGAGAUGGAUCUUAAUGAUGAUUGGAAACUAUCCAAGCAAGAGGUGAAAAUUUACUUGAAGAAAGAAUUUGAAAAGCAUGGAGCAGUGGUAAAUGACACCCAGCAUGAUGCUUUGGUUGAAGACAUAUUUGAUAAAGAGGAUGAAGACAGUGAUGGGUUUAUAUCUGCAAGGGAAUUCACGUACAAGCAUGAUGAGCUGUAGAAAGAAAAGAGUGGCAUAAUUUUUUUGGACACAAAUAGCAGUGACUUAGACUGUCUGGUUCUCCUGUCAUCUUAAUUCUGUGCUUUGGAAUUGACAAUUGCUGUUGGCAGAGAAACACUUUGUUUAUAUAAAAGAGAAUUUUUGUUCGUUAUGUACAAAUGUUUUAAACUGUUUUAAAGUGUGAAAAUGUUCCUCCUCUUACACAGUGAAGACUUGCACAUCAGUGUUUUAAAGUUUUGUAUUAAAUUAUUUUUCAGAAAUGAAACAAACUUUCCAUUUAUCAUUCAUUAUGAAAAUCAAAAUCCAGUUCAGUGACUUUCUGUGAUUUGUUUGUGUGCCAAGAUCACUUUCAGCAGCUACCUUACAUAUUACUUGUAGUCUGUGGCUUAAUUUCUUGACCUUCCUUCUUGAGUGUCACUGCUUAAAAAGCAGUUUGCUGACCUUGGGUUUUUUUUCCUGCAGAUUUUCAAAAGAUGUAGUACAAGGCAUCAGCAUCUCUAUAUGGCUGAGAAACUGAUACAAAGCUGAAUGAGAAAAAUGACUAUCAUGUGCUGAUUUGCCCUUCUAAAGGGAGAAUGUUACCACCCAUGCCAAUAAUUGUCUACAUUUUUCAUUAAAUUUUGUGAACAAA